AUGGCUCCCUUCAACGGCGACAAGACCCAAGAGGUCUCCAGGAACAUCCUCAGCGCCUCAAGCAGGCCAACCCCGAACGUCGAGGCCGGCCCACGCGUGGUCAAAAACAAGGCCAAGAAUCUCGCACCCCAAGGCAGCGCCCCCUGGGAUGACGACCAGCGACAGCGGCUGAUCGAUUACCAUGCCUCCCUCGAGACCUGGGAUGGAGUGGUCAAAAUGCUGAACCGAAGCAAUCAAGCAAUCAGGCUUGAGUGGAAAAAGAUGAGAGAUGGCAUCCGUGACCAGGGGAAGCCAGGUCACUGGCAGCAAAAGGUCAAGGCCUGUGAAGAACAGCGAGAAAGAAACUUCCUUCCGAAAGGGUCGAGGGCCAGAAACACUUCCGCGACAGCACCUGCUGCUGGCAGUCCCGCAGAAGACAGCUCCACGACACCCUUCAGAGUCGUGUCAACAAGCAGCAGCCCUGCUUCAGAGACCAGCAGCAGCGCAACGCUGGGCAUGAGCCCCGAGCCAAAGAUCGGGAGCGACACUGUGCCGAUUUGCAAACGGUCGGUGGAGUACGAGAUCUCUACUAGCCAUGAAAGAACCGACAUGAGUCAGAAAGAAAUGCGUCUCGAAGUGGUCCGUCGGGAAAUAGCCGACGAACUCAAAUAUAAUACUUCGAUAGACAUCACCGACACGGACAUGACUGGCAUGGACCAGACCGAUACGAGAGACGACGAUGUCAUCGCCGAGGCGAUGAGGUACCAGAGCCUAGGGUCCGUAUACUGGGGAAUACCAUCCCGAGAAAGCAGAAUGCUUUUUAGGGAGGCAGCAUGGACGAGACCUAGGAAUGGAAGGGUGAGGUACCUACAUCCCUGGGGCUUCAAGAGAUUGCCGAAAGGCCGUGGUCAGUUGUAUCCAGACGUGGACCUGAAGGAGCCUGAUCAGAUCGCCGAGAGCUGUACAAGGCUACCGGGGAGAGAAAUCAACGCAGACCUGCGUAAAAUGGGGAUAGGUCUAUGA